AUGCAAACUGUACCGGCUUCUUAUUCCUCUCCACGCGCAGCGCGUCAGGGCGAGUGGUUGCGCAGCGCUCUAGCCCACCACCAUUGCCCCGACCCCGGUGUGGAGAAUGAGAUUGUAGUCCUGGCCACGGGAAUAGACCAGUACCUACAGGAGGUCUUUCACCACCUGGCUUACUCUAACCGUGACGACGUGGUAUCAGCAGAAGACUUUACGGUGCUUUGCACGGUGUUGGGGCUCACCAGAGCAAGUGAGGAGAGGGAAGCGCCGGACGCAGAAAAAGAGGGAGAUGAAGGUCACGGUGUGUGCGUCGGGCUUCUCAGCGAGCUGUCGUUUAAGGACUUUCAUUCACGGCUAUGCGGGUAUUUUCGCGUCCAUGCAUUACAAAAUGGAACCUUGCGCCUUCCCGUUACCGCGGAAACUGAGCACGUGGAGCGUCAGAUACGAGUUCGGUGGCCGCGGGUCAGACGGAGAAAGUGUGUCAGCUUUGACCUCAGAAGAGAACAGACCGGUAGGAGACCUAUACACGCUUCCCAAGAGAUGAAGUGUCGGGGAGAUGGGAGCUCUGAGAAAGGUCCUGGGCAGCAGUUUGAGAGUGAGGCUGCAGCUCUGAGGGAGCUUGUGGAGGACCUGCGGUGCGCUCUGCAGGGGAGCGAUGCCCGCUGCCUGGCCCUGGAGGUGGCACUGCGACGGGAGAGGGGGCACGGUGCCCUCACAGAUCAAGCGAACGAGUCAUUGUCAAAUGCACUCAGUCACUCGAGUUCAAACACAUCCACAUCCUCUCAAGUGGCUAGCCCUGAGGGCCAGAAGGGGGCUGUGGGGGCCUCGAAGCCCCAGAGCAGAGGCUGUGGAGUCGGUGGGGAGGGGAUGUGUGCAAAAGGGGCAUCAGACAAAUGGGACCCUCGGGACCUUCUCCUCAGGGAGCUCAAGCUGAUUCGCUCUUCACGUGAUGGACAGGUAGAGGAGGCAAUCAGGUUCAAUCAGCGCCUGGAGGAAGAGCUUAGCUGGGCCUAUCAGGAGGCUCGAAGACUGGGGGGGGUGGAGUCUCGGCUGCGGAAGGAGAACGCUGAGAUAAGGAGGCGGGCCGAGGAGGCGAGGGAAGCUCUUAGAUUGGGCCUACAGCGAGUCCGUCUGAUUCAGGAACAGGCCCAUAAGGUCCCAACAUUACAGAGCAGAAUCGCACAACUAGAGUCCCAGCUUCAGGAAUACAGAUCAGACUGCACUUGCAGAGACAACCCCCUCCCCCGGCCCCUCUACCCUAUCGAGCAGGACACCUGCCUCAGGACCAGCGAGGGUCUUCAGCGAGCUGUGGAGGGUAAAGCAUCUUCUGAUGAGGAAGAGGAGGAGAAGACAGAAGAGGGACUUUGCUGCCUGACAGAGGUGAAGAAGCUCAUCAACAGACUGCACAGCACCGCUAAAGGAUGUCCUAACCCUACAGUCCACAACUUCCUCCUCUCCCACAACCUCCUCCAUGACAACGACCUUGUCACCUCCCCCAGGGAUGGCAAGGGGCGGGGCCGCAAGGAACUCUGCCCUGCCGAGGAGAGGGGGAAUGAACUGCAGAAAAGGAGUGAGGAGGUGGUGGGAUUGAGGCUGGAGGUGCAAUUGGUGGAGACAGAGAGGGUACGGCUGGCUCUGCUGGAGGAGAAACUAACAGACGCACUCACACUCCUGCUGAAGCUACGCAAAAAGAAUGUGUCACGCAGAGCCCUGGGAAAGAUUCUGAUGGACACUCUGGACAUGUACAGUGGAAGUGGUCAGGGCCCCUCGCAGGUGCUACAGGUGGCUGAUGCCCUCUGUGCCCAGCUGUCCAAAGAGAUGCCUGGAGAGGAUGGAGGAUGGGGAGGGGGGGAGGAGGGAGGAGGAUGUAGUGGUCUGAGUGGAGAUGACAGACAGGCACAAGGCUCUGUGUCCUCCAGUCACAGUCAGCAGAACUCCAGUGCUAACCCCCUGCUUAUCUCCUGCUGAGCUCAAAUCACCAUAGGACAACCUUCACCAUGACCCCAAUGACCUUCCGGCUUUAGAUGUUCCCCAAGGCUGUCCUCCAUAACCCCUGACUCCAGCACUGUCCAAAAGGAUGGAACAACUUCCAAUUUCCCAUCCAAUAUUGUUUUUUUUGUGUGUUUUCUUUACACAUUUUACCACAUAGACCUGUGCAAUUCUAUCCUCACAAAUCUGUUUUGGUUUUGUAGUUAAAUCACAUAUUUAAUUUCCAUGUUUUACUCUGUAUGCCUACUAAAUUAUUCUGCAAAUAUUAAAUCAGUCAGUAUUUCA